GUCCUGGUCAUAGAAUAUUUAUUACUUCACAUACUUUCAAAUACAGGAAGGAUAUGGUAUUAUAAAAUAGACCUCUUGCACUAUGAAAGUUUCGUUGCUCAUUUUGGUGGGAUGUCUUGUGUGUCUUGCGAAGUCAUGUCCGGUAGGUCUUCCUUGUUAUUGCGGAUCUAUCAUACACUGUGAAAGAAAUAAUUUAAAUACAGUUCCAGCCAUUAUCAAGACUAACGACCCUUAUCCCCUAAUGGAUUUGUCAGAAAACGAAAUAACAUCAAUACCAUCGUCUGCCUUCAAUGGAUUGGUGGUAUCUAUUCUGGAUCUCAGUGGUAACCCAUUAGAAACCAUACAAGAUGCAGGAUUUGAUGGCCUUUAUGAUUUCCUUGUACAGCUUUUAAUGCCUGGUACAAACCUUGUUGCUCUACCAAAAUCUAUGGGCAAAUUUAAAAACAUUUCUCGUUUGGAUGUUGGAUAUAACAAAAUUACUUCGAUACCAGAUGAAGCGUUUGAGGGAUUUGGGCCAGUUUUGAACAUUUUAAAUAUGCAGUCAACAAAACUUACACAGUGGCCAUCUGCACUAAGUUACAUGACGAAACUGGAGAGUUUAGAUCUAGCUUAUAACCAGUUUACUCAAAUACCCAGUGAUGCAUUUUCGAGCUUUGCUUCCACCCUUACAUAUUUGAGUCUGAUGGGUUGUUCACUCUCUACUUUCCCCGUCGCUCUUAACAGCCUGAAAGUUAUAAAGGAAUUGAACCUUGCCCAUAAUUCGUUCACCAGCUUCCCAGACGCCGCAUUUGGUGCCAAUCUUUUGUCAUCUCUACAGAUUUUAGACAUUUCAUAUAAUGGUUUUACUUCAUCUCCCGGUGCUGUAAAGAAGCUAACCAAACUCACAAAACUAUCCAUGGGCAGUAAUAACAUCGGAUCUAUUGAUGCCGAUAUGUUUUCUGGAAUGAAAACAUCUUUGCGGGAAUUGGAUAUCAGUAAUUGUGACUUGACCUCUGUCCCAACACAAGCUUUCAUAGCACUGGGUUCUAUUCUCACACUUGAUAUUUCAAACAACCGCUUGCAAACAAUUGACAACUUUGACUUCAGUCAGUUGGUUGCUUUAGAAAGACUAACACUAGAUAACAAUUCUAUUGUUGCAGUGAAAUAUCGUGCUUUUGAAAGAUGUAACAAUUUAAAACAAAUAUCAUUUAAAGGGUGUUCUCUCCAGAACAUACCCGGUUCUUCCCUGGGCAGUGCUCCAAAUCUUGAAUAUGCCGACUUCUCCAAAAACACCAUUAGACGUAUAGAUGCAGGUACCUUUCCACCAAUUGAGAAACUGCGGAUCUUGCGUCUUUCCGGGAAUUACCUUGGAUAUGUUGACCGACAAGCUUUUGAAUCAUUGAAUGGAACGGAGAUAAUUUACAUGGACAAUUGUGGAUUGGUUGAUGUUCCCAGGGGAAUCCAGUCAGCGCCAACUUUACACCAACUUGAUCUUCAUGGUAACUCAAUAACAUGUGAUUGUGAAUUAAAGUGGAUCCAAGCCUGGAAGGAAGCUUCUGGUCUGAUUCCUAGAAUAUUUGGUGAAUGCAGUGGAUCAGACUUCAGUUUGGAUGAUUAUACAAGAUAUGGUUUGUCAGACUGUCCAUAAAUCAAUUAAAAAGCAUUAAAUAUU